CCGCGGCGAGUUCACUACAGCAGCAGGCAUCUCCUCUGACACGCUCAGUAUUCCUUGUACAAGUCCGUCACGUCGGUCGCUGUUCACUAUCUCAACUACGAGUUAGACAAUACACUUUAUAGCCACUCUUCCUAAUCUUCUGCUUCAAGAAGGCAUCAGAGUGUUGGGUUGGCCACGACCAGUGUGGCUCCAGACCAAAUAUUCAAGGCGGUGUCUGCGAAGGGCGAGUUUGACGGUCUCCACUUACCUUCCUUGUUCUCUGGACGGUGAAGAGGAAAUCAGUGUCAGUCACGGCUGUUGAAGGCGUUGUUGACAUUUGUGGUGUGAUCAGCGUCCCGGUGCCUCACCUCCAGCAACCUGAGUAAGGCAACCUUCACCCACUGCACCUCGGGAAUCCAAUCUGACUCUCCUCAACCUACAGUAAACACGCCAGAAAGUUUGCCAAGCUGGAAUUGAACUCCGCUCGUUUAAAAAUAAAAUCAAUCUGAGCCUUUGAGGAGUUCUCCCGAGAAGGACCCGGGUCCAUCAGGGAUCCAAACAGGAAUCGGUCCAAGGCUCUUGACAAGGAGCUCGGGCAAGGAGCCGUGCAUUCCUAGUCUAAACAGUUCCAGACUUGUAAGGACGUGGUCGAAGUUCCAGAGAGGAUGACCACUCUGGUAGAACCAGCGAGAUGCUUGGAGUCCAACCCUCCAGGAGCGGACGAGGUGGAGGUGGAGGUGUUGCCUCCGUCUUUCCGCCACCUGGCCCAAGACUGGAACAAGUACUUCGUGAAUGUGGGCGACUGGCUGGUCAGCGCCACGGAGGGCGCCGACAGCAACCCCGCCAGUGAAGGAGAGGAGGAACCGGAGGCCAAGGCUGGCUUCGCCUCAGCCGUGCCUGAUGUGACCAAAGCCUGGGAAGGUCUGAGCUUCAACCUGUCGGCGGUGCAGGGGAAGGCGUCUGCGGGGGCCAAGACGGUGGGCUCCUUCUUCUCCACAGCCUUCAGUAAGGCCGGGGCCAGCGUCAAGGAGGCCGGCUCCAAGAUCAAGGAGAGCGUCGAGAAAAAUACGCUGCUGACCGAGUUCAACAAGGAGCAGGAGGCGUUCAUCAAGGCUAAGGGUGGCAAGGGCGGCGAGGCCCUGCCGCCCUGGGUGGGUUACCCUGACGAAGACAGUCUGAAGGAGGAGAUCCUGGCGCUCUCCACCGAUCGACGGAACUUUGUUCGUAGUCCUCCUACUGGCGUGAGCUUCGAGUUUGAGCUGGAGGCCUUCCUGCCUGUUGCUCAGGCCACCCUCGCUGCUGACCCUAACCUGGAGAAGAUGCGCUUUGAACUGGUCCCCAAGACGAUCAAUGAAGAGACCUUCUGGAGGAACUACUUUUAUCGUGUUGGGCUCAUCAGGCAGAGCACAGAGCUGUCAUCUCUGGAGAGGGAAGGUGUGGAUGCUGCUAGCAAGACUACGUCUGAUGGAGAUAAGGGAACAAAGGGUAAGGAUGAUGAUGUGGACCACCCAGACAGCCCUAGUCAUGGAGGAGAGAGCGAGUUUGUCUCAGACUCUUUCCAGCCAUCAUCCAAAGACCUGGAGGAGGUGAAGCGAGGGAUCUCCAACCUCACCAAACCCUCAGAGGAGGACUGGGAGAAGGAGCUUCGUGAAGAACUUGGAGAGGAAUUGGGCGAAUACGAGGUGGUUGGAGGAGCUGGAAAGGACAACGAAAAAUGGGAAGAAGAAAUUCAAAAUAUGAUCGAUGAUGAAGAUUCUGGAGACCUCCGAUAAUUAUUGGCUUAAAUUCCUGAUAUGCGAUGUUUAUAUAUGUAUUCAUAUAUCUAGAAAUUUUAGGACUAGGAUUACAUUUGGAUAAUGAAUGAUUGGCAACAUAUAUGACUAGCCAUAACGAAUCAGAGGCUGUCCAUGUUUCAUAACAGUAAUCGAGGAGCCCCUCAGAUUCAUAAGUGAAAAAUCUCUUGUAUAAAGAAGGAUGUAAAUUAAUAAUUGUAGCCUUAAGAAAUGAGGGUUGUCAGGUUAUCAGUUAUAAACACAUUAUUUACUUAAUAUUGUACUUGAAAGUUCAUUGUUGGUGUGAUUGAUGCAUUAAUUUUGUACAAUAAACAAUAAGAAUACAAAAAUUCCUUAUAAGAUACAAAAAAGUUAUCAGUCCCAGAUUUUCUAAUACAGGUAUUAAUAUUUACAAGAUUGAAAACAAAGUUGUUUAUCAGUUUGUAUCAAUUUUCAUAUUCCAUUUGGUAUUUGAAACACUCCAACUAUAUACAGAUUAAAUAUGAGUGUAUAAGUGGAUAUGGUCUCUUAACUUCAGAUGGUUGUUCUGUAAAGUCAAUUUCUAUAAUUUAAGCUAUAGAAAAUAGUCUUUACAGAAAGAAAUCGGUCGGAAAUUAAACCAUAAGCCAUUAUUAUCAGUUUAUUUUCUCAGUGUCUCCCUCCUCUUAUUGGUUAAAUACAAAGCUACACUACCCCACACUUCAUAAAUACAUGACAUUUGGAGUCUAAGUAAUGUUGCCUUGUGAAACUGGACCUAAUAGCCAAUGAGAUGAAUGGAGUUCUGUAGAAGUUAAACAUAGUAUGUGGAACACUAGAGCUAAAGGAAGAAAAACCUUAAUAUAGUUGUGUAGGCAAGUUAGAAUCAUGAGGUGGAUUUUUUGUGUAAAAGACUGGUCUUACAUUAGUUCUUGAAGGUUACGAUUGUCUUCUUCUUUACAAUGUGAGAUUAGCAUUAGAAUUCAUGGAAACUAUACCUGAAAGUGCUUAUGGUGACAUGAUGAAAAUCUUCAGUCAGACACUGUUAACAAAGUUGCCAAGAUUCAAACGUGUAAGGUAUACUACAAAGCACAUACAGUACAUCUUUACAUUUGACACUUCAGGAAUAUUACGUCCACUCUGUACUAACUUGAGGUGUACUGCAACCAGAAUAAUUUGUAGAAGGGAAUAAGUAGUGAUUUUCAUUUUCUGCUUAGUAAAUUGUCUUUCAUUGCAAUAAUAAAACUUCUCUGCUUCCAUCAUCCAUAACCAAAAAUUUUCCACAUGUAAUAAUAUCAAGAUUUGUGAUUAUGUGCCUUAUGCAUUGAAAUAGGAGUUCCAGUUUCCAAUUAUUUUAAAAGGAUAACUGAACUUUAUUCCAACUGUACAUAGGGCCCGUAAUAGCUGAUCUAGUCACAACAUGAUCUGCACAUUAAAUAAGUGAACAGUCAUGCAGUACCUUGAUAGUUUAUCUCUAAAUAGUGUUAAUAUGUGAUGUGAACUAGUGAUUUUUGCCACUAUUUGGACCACAUUGUUAUAUGGACUUGGUAAGCCCUUAUCCACCAGCUUCUAUGAGGUAUAUUGUAAUUAGCUUCAUAGUUUAGUGGCAAGUAACUAAAAUUUUGAAAUUCAUGAAACAGCAAAAAAUCCCAGGUAGCCAUCACAUUUUCUGUGCUUUAUUAUGCAAGAAAGUAGUUAUCUUUUGCUGUUUUUUGACAGUAUUUAUUUCAAUAUAGAAGAUUCAUGUACUGGAUGACAUUUUUUAUGACCAUUGUUAUGGGUCUGUGUUUUCAGAAGUCUUGCAAACAAAAGCAGUUACUCCAUGAUCUUGUGCAGACGAGCACAUAAGCCCUCGGACUGUCAUCCAAGUUAAUUGUCUGGGCAGUAUCACCACCUAUUAACAGGGACAGCUUGUUGGAUCAGUAUAUCAAUAAGCAAGAGGCAGAGAAAGUGUUGACAUUAACUACCAAUAAGAGCCCAAUGCUGUUGACAAAUCUUAGGUAACACCUUUACAUUGCUCUGCACAGCUUUUUUGUGGAGAAAAUAAUAUAAAAUAUAAAUAAUUUUGAUUUUGUGGAUAAAAUAUUUAUUAAUUGUGUAUAUUCAGAGAAUAUAUUAAUUUUAUGGUUUGUAACAUACAGUUUGAAUGAGUGUUUCAAUAGAUAACCACUACAGUUACAUUUUUAAGAUGCUAUACAAUUUAUUUUACUAGAUGUUUUAUAAGUUUUAAUGGGAAAUAUCACAUGGUAUGUUUGUGUUGUACUGUAUUCUUAAAAUAUUUUUAAUAAGGUUUAUUUACCUCGUAUGUAUGUGUGUGUGUUUUUUUUUUAUAUAUAUAUAUAUAUAUAUAUAUAUAUAUAUAUAUAUAUAUAUAUAUAUAUAUAUAUAUAUAUAUAUAUAUAUAUAUAUAUAUAUAUAUAUAUAUAUAUAUAAUAUGCAUUGCAUACAUACAUGUGUGUAAUACUUAUGCACAUACAUACAUAUAUAUAUAUACAAUAUAUAAGUUUGAUCUUGGGAUAGUAGCCAUGUCCAUUAGAAUAUAUUAAUGGGUUUGAUUUGCAAUUCUUUACUCACCAUCUUUAUAAUGAACUGUUUACAAAAAUAAUUGCAAUUUUCAUUUAGGAUGUAUGAUACAGCAUUUGUAUAAAAGAGUAAGCCAUUAGUUCCAUUUGUGAGUGGUGGAACCAAUUACAUGAGCAGCAUAAGGUGGACUUGAAUGUCCUAUAUAUUAACACUGGACCAAUGGUCAUUUUUAAGGGUCUUGGGUCAGUAGGCAGCAAACAAUCAUUAAAGUACCUCUUAUGUUGUCUGUAGGCUUAUGCUUGAAAUGAAAUGACAUGCUUCCUUGGGAUAACUUGGGCACAGACGACUUUGAAUUAUGAAUGGUUGUAAACAAACCGCCUGGACACUGGGCCCUUCUUCAGCUUCUUCAUAACUUGGUUAAAAUGUUACAUGGUGAGGCAUCCAGUGGAAAGCUUCAGUGGCUUUUCUGUCUUUGAGUUUCUGGAGUAUUUUCCAAGAUGCUUCAUUAAGGGUCGUGAAUGUUUCAUGAAAGAGUUUUAGUGGGAUAUUACUCGUGGAAUAUACUGACAAUAUUUUACUGCAACUGCUGAUAUAUAAAGCUAAUGUUACCUCUGCAAAAUUCAUUAUAAAAAUUACAUCAUUAAAAAUGUAAUUGAUUCUUUGAUUGUCAUUGUUUACAGUUACAUUAAGGUUCUAAUCCGACGUAACUUAAAAUUAUAAGAAAACUUUAGACACCUUGGAAAUGAGCAUGAAGAUGUGAAGAAGCUGAGAGUGACCACACCUCCACUGGCACACUGCACCAUCUUGGUGCACUGUGCAAGUAUGGAUGGUGCCUCAACACUGUAGCUAGACGGAUGUUGUGUGAUGGUUUGUUUGUAUGUAUGUUUGUUCAUUGUUUGGCAGCUGUCCUCUGCCAUGUGAUGUAGAAAUGUUGUCCCUUACUAUGUUAUACUAUGGUACCUGUGCCCAGUAAAAUGGAUUAACUAAAA